UCUCACCUGUGGCGCGCCAAGGAAACAAAUCCUGAAGUCCUGCGUGGGUCACCCGCGGCGAGGCGAAGGUGUCAGGACCGCAACAGGCUGGACAUCUGGAAAUUCAGCUGAGAAUGAGCAGGGAGGCUGCUGAUAUCCAUUUUGUCUAUGAAGCUCUCGACAAGCCGCAUGAGGAGAACGAGGAGGAGAAGGAGGUGACAGAAGAUGAGGAGCCCAAAGCCUGCGGCGUGUGCGGCGAUCUGGCGAAGGGUUACCACUUCAACGCUCUGACAUGUGAAGGCUGUAAAGGCUUCUUUAGACGUGCCAUAAACAGGUCAACGCAGCUCCGAUGUCUGUUCCUGAAUAAAUGCAUCAUCACCAAAAACAACCGCCGCUCGUGUCAGGCCUGCCGUUUCAGAAAAUGCCAGGCCAUCGGGAUGCAGAAAGACAUGGUCAUGUCGGAGGAAGCGGUCUUGGAGCGAAGAAUCAGAAUAAAGAAGAAAAAGAUGUGCAACACGACCGCAGAGCUUUCGACCCAACAGGAACAGGUGGUUGAGGAGCUGCUCUGUGGCCUCCGCAACACGUUUGACUCAACGUUUUCACGCUUCACCGGCUUUAGGCCCAUGGACAGAGAUGUGUUGACGGAGAACCAGCAGUCCAGACCCCAGACCAGCAGCCUGAUGAAGAGCUGGUGUACAACUGAAGUACAUGGAGAUGAUCCUUCAAAGUCCCCUUACCCCUGCUCCUUUUCCUCCGCCUCCUCCCCGUCUGUCUCUUCCUCUUCCACCCGCUCUUUCCUCCCCGGUUCCUCUGAAAAAGGUGAGGACAACGUUGGAGACAAGAACAGCAGCGUUUACACUAACCUCCCGCAUCUGGCUGACCUCACGACCUACAUGAUCCAGGACAUCAUCCGCUUUUCCAAAAGCCUCCAGGACUUCCGGUCACUAAGCAUCGAGGACCAGAUAUCUCUACUGAAGGGAGCCACGUUUGAAAUAAUGCAGAUUCGCUUCAACAUGGUGUUCAACACUACGACGAGCAACUGGGAAUGUGGCUGUAUUACAUACUGCAUACACGACGCAGUGCGAGGGGGUUUCCAGCCGCUCCUGCUUGAGCCCCUCUUCAAAUUUCACCACAAUCUGCGCAAACUGGACCUGCAGGAGGAGGAGUACGCCCUCAUCCAGGCCAUAUCGCUGUUUUCUCCAGACCGUCCUGGAGUGCAGCAUCACGCCGCCAUCGAUAGAGUUCAAGAAAACUUGGCAGAAACUCUGAAAGCCUGGAUCGACUGCAAGAAAAAAGGCCCAAAAAAACACCUGCUGUAUCCCAAAAUGAUAGCCUGCCUCACGGAGAUGAGAACGAUGACGGAGGAGUACAGCAAGCAGAUUCUGCAGAUCCAAGACGUGCAGCCUGACACCAUCUCUCCGCUCAUCAUGGAGGUGGUCAGUAAAAUCCCCUGCAACAACAUCUGAGGCCCAAAACUGGCCACUUCCAGCAUUCGGCUCUUAUUUAGCUGUUGGGGGUGGGGCGGGAACUGAACGUGCCCUUUAAUUCGCUGCUAUGUAAGGCACACAGGAAACUUGAUGAAGCCAUCUGCUUUUUGCACAAUUUCAAAGCUUUUGCUGGGCAGAAGCGAGCUUUACAGACUCACUGAUUUGUUGGUUUCAGGUGCUUUUGUUGUGGCAUUUUGAGACAAUAUGAGUAUUGAUGUUUACGAUGAUUUUCACUGCACUCAGAACGGAGACUGCUCAGGAAGCCAAGGGAAACCUUCUUCUGAAAACAUUUAAACCGUCUCGCUUGUUACCUCAGGUUGUGUUCAGUUUUGUGUUUGUUGUGCUAUGUAAAACAGAAGUUUAACACUUAUUGUAAAUAGAACUGAAUAGUAAAGGUGCUUUUUGAAAUCUUUUAUUAUGUAGCCUGAUUAAGAUGCGUUAAUUUAUAUUAAGGCUCAGAAACCCCUCAAAAAUCAGGCUGUCUGGUAAUAUAAAAUCAAUCUGAAGGAUUUCUUUCAGAUGAAAAAAAAACACAAUAAGAUUGCUGUGCUUUUUUUUCCAGGACAUUGAUUUGUUUAAGCCACUGUAAGACAAUUAAGAUGCCAUUUAAAGGUUAAUGAAUGAAUCAAAGAGAAGUAAUAAUCAGGACAUAAAUGAAACAUCACACUGAGGUUUGUUGACUAAUUAAAUUGGGGAAAGAAAGCAGAAAGCAAAAAUGCCACACUGCUUCUACUCUACUGAUGAAAAAGACAGACUUUAGGUAAUGAGCUUUCAAAAUAUGAUCUAAACUGAUUAAAGAGUUAAAAGUUAUCAUGGGUUUAUCUGGUUUUGAGUUCUAAUGUCAUGGUACUUUGAUCUGAGUUGGAUUCAAAAUCAAAAUGCUCUUAAAGGAAGUGGCGGCUCAACAAUUCCUAUGCAGAAGAAAAAAUGGACACUUGUUCAUCUUUACACAAUAGACAAACAUAAACUAGAUUAAGAUGUAACCUCAAACAUCUAAUGUAACCAAAUCUCACAGAUUGAUCAGGUUUUAUGUGUUCCAGGGUUCAGACGGUCUGAACACAGCACAGCUCAGGAACACACUUCUGGGUAUGGAGCGAUCAGGAGGUGCUGGUCAGCCAAUCACAGGCAGAAUCUGGGUUACAAAGACAACAUAUUUUCCUUUUAAAAUAGAAAACAAAACAUCCAGGGACAGAGUAAGUCUCAGCAACAUCAACAAACUGUCAUUUCAGACAUCGUCUCAUGAAUUAGGCUUUGUGCACUUAACAAAAACUCUGCAGCAAUAAAUACAUUAAGCUUGAUAAAUCACAAAAUCUUUGUCUUUUACGUUCACCAAGCUCCACUUUUUAAUUAAAGCAGUUGUUUCCCUAAAAUAUGAAAACUCUUCUUUUAAUUUACUCCAUUAUCCCGCAUCAAUUAACACUUAUUUCAGUAAAGCACCCAUGCAGAAAACAAAAUCUAACUGCAUGUUCUAAAUGGGGUAAAAUGUAGCGCCACCUGUUGGACAAAUGUAAAAAUACCUGGGGAUGAAGAACCACAGCCGAAUCCUACGAACCCCUUCUAAAAGCACCAAUGUCUGUCUAUAAAGCUCAAAAAAGUCCAUUUUGCUUGGUAUAAAUUAUUAAAAUAUAGUGUUGUGUUAUUCCCUAAUCAAAAACAUACAAAACACAUUUUCUUUCAUAUAUCUUAUGUCUCCUACUAAAAAAUAUGCUAAUUUAGUCAAGUUCCACAUAAGUCUGCAAGUUUUAAUUGAAUAGACAGGAGUCUGCUGUAAGAGUAUUGAUUUAUGCUGAGAAAUAUGAAAUUAAAUAUUAACAUUAAAAAUGUGAUUUUCAAUA